GGGGUGGCGGGAGCGGAGCGCGAUGGCCACGGCGGCGUCUAACCCCUACCUCCCGGGGAGCGGGCUGCUGGCGGCCGGCUCCAUCGGGCACCCGGACGGCGGCGGGGGCGGAGGGGGGGGGCGGCGGGGGGGGGGCGGCGGCGGAGGGGGCGGCGGCGGCGGCGGCACCGGCGGCGGGUCCGGGGGCGGCGCCCUGCAGCCGGGGGCGGCGGGGGGCGGCGCCGGCUACCGCGGGGACCCGUCCGCCGUGAAGAUGGUGCAGAGCGACUUCAUGCAGGGGGCCAUGGCGGCCGGCAACGGGGGGCACCUGCUGGGCCCGGGGCCCCAGUGGGUGACGGCGCUGCCCCACGCCGCCGCCGCCGCCGCCGCCGCCGCCGCCGCCGCCGCCGCCGCCGCCGCCGCGGCCGCCGAGGCGGGGUCUCCGUGGGCCGGGGGCGCGGUGGGCCUGGCCGCCAGCCCCCAGCCCCCGCCGGCCCCGCCGCCGCCGCCCCCGCCCCCGCCGCCGCCGCCCCCCGCCCGGGCCCCCGACGGCAAGGGCGGCGCCGGCCGCGACGACCUCCACGCGGGCCCGGCGCUGCACCACCGCGGGCCGCCCCCUCCUCCUCCACCUCCGCCGCCCCCGCACCAGGGACACCCGGGGGGCUGGGGGGCCGCCGCCGCCGCCGCCGCCGCCGCCGCCGCCGCCGCCGCCGCCGCCGCGCACCUCCCGGGCCCCCCGGGGCCGCCGCAGGCGCUGCUCUACUCGCAGCCGGGGGGCUUCACCGUUAACGGCAUGCUGGGGGGCGGCGGCGGCACCGGGGGCGGCGGCACCGGCGGCGGCGGCGGCGGCGGGCAGGGCCUGGUGCACCCGGGGCUGGUGCGGGGGGAGCCGCCGGAGCUGGGCGACCACGCGGUGCAGCAGCAGCAUCACCACCAUCACCCGCACCACCACCACCCGCACCACCACCACCCGCACCCGCACCACCCGCACCCGCACCACCCCCCGCACCCGCACCACCCCCCUCCCCCGCACCACGGAGGGGGGCUGCCCGGAGGGCUGCCCGGAGGAGGAGGCGGCGGCGGCCUGCCGGGCCACGACCCGCACUCGGACGAGGACACGCCGACGUCCGACGACCUGGAGCAGUUCGCCAAGCAGUUCAAGCAGCGCCGCAUCAAGCUGGGCUUCACCCAGGCCGACGUGGGGCUGGCCCUGGGCACCCUGUACGGCAACGUCUUCUCGCAGACCACCAUCUGCCGCUUCGAGGCCCUGCAGCUCAGCUUCAAGAACAUGUGCAAGCUGAAGCCGCUGCUCAACAAGUGGCUGGAGGAGGCCGACUCGUCCACCGGCAGCCCCACCAGCAUCGACAAGAUCGCCGCCCAGGGCCGCAAGCGCAAGAAGCGCACCUCCAUCGAGGUGAGUGUCAAGGGCGCCCUGGAGAGCCACUUCCUCAAGUGCCCCAAGCCGUCGGCCCAGGAGAUCACCAACCUGGCGGACAGCCUGCAGCUGGAGAAGGAGGUGGUGCGCGUCUGGUUCUGCAACCGGCGGCAGAAGGAGAAGCGCAUGACGCCGCCGGGGAUCCAGCCGCAGCCGGCCGACGAGCCGUACUCGCAGGUGGGCACCGUGGGCGCCGUGGGCACCGUGCUCGCCGACACGCCGCCCCCCCACCACGGCCUGCAGCCCGGCGUGCAGUGAGCCGCGGCCGGAGGGGCGCCCCGGGAGGGGCCUG